AUGGAUGCUAAAGUUGAGGUGCUUGACGCGGUUGACCUCGACGACAGCCGGAACAAGGCGAUAUUGAUCGUUACUUCUAUCUUCUUCGCUAUUUCCCUAUUUAGCGUCAUAUUAAGAUGCUUCGUUCGCACACGGGUCGUUCGUGCUUGGGGAUGGGAUGAUGGAACUAUGGUUGUAGCCAUGGCUCUCAACACAGUCUUCGCCAUCUGCGGAAUCGUUGGAUGUAAAUACGGCCUCGGCAGGAAACUAGCUUAUUUCACCCACCACCCCAACGACUUCCACCGCGCAAUGCUGUGCUGGUGGAUGGGCCAACUCUUCUAUGUGUUGACCUGCGUUGUCGCAAAGGUCUCCAUCAUCAUCGCUCUCCUCCGCAUCACCGUCUCUCGCGUUCACGCAUACAUUCUCUACGCCGCUAUCACUCUCGCCACUGUCGUUGGCCUGGUCUUUUUCUUCUUCACGAUCUUCCAAUGCGACCCCGUUGAUUAUUUCUGGAACCAGGCACGAUCUACAGCCCAUGGCUCAUGCAUCGAUAAAGACCCCCUCAUCGGUAUCGCAUACUUGUAUAGUGUCGCCGCGGCCAUCACAGACCUGACUAUUGGAUUACUUCCUGUGGCAUUAAUCUGGAAUUUGCGCAUGAAUCGCCGUACUAAAGGUGCUAUGGUGGCUAUUUUGGGUAUUGGUUGCAUUGCGAGUGCUGCGGUUAUUAUUCGCAUUCCCUUCAUUCCCAACUACAAAGAUCCAGAUUUCCUAUACGCCACUUACCAAAUCUCCAUCUGGUCCAAUGUCGAAGCAGGCAUCGGCAUCACCGCUGGCUGUCUGACAACCCUCCGUCCUCUAGUCCGCUUCCUCCGCGACGGAUCCUCCCAUACCCUAAGCCGCACAACACCAAGUUCGUAUCCCCUGUCCAGUAACGUUGCCGGUGGCUUCCACCGCUCUAUGCCAUCAAAGCAAAUGUCGCGUGACGACGCGCGACAGCUCUGGACUGGCAGAGGGAGCGACGAAUACCACGGAGUUACGACUACUAUCUCCAGUGCUCACCAGAAACAACCUGGUUCCAGUGAAGAGGGCCUAGCUCCGGGUAAUAACAACGACAUUUCUCCCGGGUGGAAGGUCGAGAGGUCUGUUCGCGUGUCCGUGCGCAAUUCAUGA